AUGGGAUCAAAUACAACUGCAGCUAACUUAAUUCUAAGAAAACAUAUUAAAGAUCAUGGAUAUGCAGACUCAAAAACUUUAGAUCUCUAUUUCGAUUGUAUAAAAUCAGAUGCACCAAAGACUUAUAAGGGUACCAAGUUCGAGGGUUGCAUCCUUUACAAGUUUACAAUUGGAAGUGGAGAGAUUAAAUAUGCACAGGAUCCAAAUGGUUUAGCAGAUGGUUAUUGUAGAAUUGGAAAAGCUAUUCCAGGACUCAUUGGAAAGAAAUGGUUGAUGACAACCGAUGUAAAAGAGAAGACUCUCAGUCCUUUCUGGUUCAAGGAAGGUUUCAUUAGAGUGAAUGUACAGAAACGUACUGAACUACAUUUAGAGAUGUGGGACAAGGACCUCAUCAAGGAUGACUUUAUCGGUUCUGCCAUUAUCAAUCUCAAUGAAGUAACUGAAUACAGACCAGUUGAUAAAUACUAUACAAUAACUGAUAGUAAGGGUAAAGAGACUGGUAAAGUUUUCCUCUCAAUUAGAAUUCAUAAGAAAUUUGACUAUUAA